CAGUGUCUUUUUAGUUUAUUUUAUGGCGAUAAUAACUUGAAGUAAACGAAUAUAAAUCAGUUGAAUAAUGAGCAGGAGCAUCUGAGGGAGGAGGAGGCGCGCGCCUGAGGAACAGAGCGCGCGAAAAUGAGCAGAGAUCGGCUGCACCAUCUUCAGUCAGAUCUGUAUUCUGGUUCUCCAUUAAUAUGAACGAAUUUUCUGUUGUUUCCUUGUAGGACUGUUGGGAUGCGCGACAAGCUCCUGCUGAAUGACAGUGCGCAGCGGAGCUUCAUAAUGCCUCUGAACAUGACUGAAGACGGCGUCCCCAGCGCUUCUCCCAGCCCAGAUCCGUCUCCGUCCUCGUUUCUCCCGCAGACGAACUGCUCGGUGUCUCCGUCUCCCUCGUCUCCGCCGUAUAACUUCUACGCCGUGCUGUUGGUGUUGUUGAUUUUUUGCGUGGUGUUUGGAAACGUUCUGGUGUGUGUGGCUGUGUCCCGAGAGAAAGCGCUGCAGACCACCACUAAUUACCUGAUCGUGUCUCUGGCCGUGUCCGACCUGCUCCUGGCCACGCUGGUGAUGCCCUGGGGCGUCUAUCUGGAGGUUGUGGGUGAAUGGAGGUUCAGUCGGAUCCACUGUGAUAUUCUGCUCACGCUGGACGUCAUGAUGUGCACCGCCAGCAUCCUCAACCUGUGUGCCAUCAGCAUCGACAGGUACACGGCUGUUGCCAUGCCGUUACUCUACAACACACGCUACAGCUCCAGAAGACGUGUGGCUCUGAUGAUCGCUAUCGUCUGGUUCCUGUCCUUCGCUAUCUCCUGCCCGCUGCUGUUCGGACUCAACAACACAGCGAGUCAGGAAGGGAGAGACUGCAGUUUUGCCGACCCUGCUUUCGUGGUUUACUCGUCUGUCGCUUCCUUUUACGUGCCCUUCAUCGUGACCCUGCUGGUGUAUGUGCAGAUCUGCGUGGUGCUGCGCAGACGAGGCAGACGCACCGCUCCGUCACGCAGACACGGCCUCCAUCCAGAGCCCAGAGACGCUCCGAGAUCCCGCAAGAAUAAAUGCACUCAUCCUGAAGAUGUGAAGUUGUGCACUUUAAUACUGAAGCCUCCACCAGCUGCUCCACAACGAAAGAAAGUGACGCUGGUGAAGGAGGCUGUGGUUCAUCCUCUGGACGUGGAGCCCGUGUGUUUUCUGAGUCCAGACAGAGAUCAGCCUCCUCCUCCUCCUCCUCCGCUGCUGCAGUCGUCUGCACGAGCUAAAGUCUCUCUGUCGGUGUCGGUGGCUCCCUGUCCCGCACCGCAGGAGAACACACACGGACGUUACGGAUGGAGAGACAGAAACACAGACAGAGAGAAAGGAGCGGCGGCGAAGGAGAGAGCGAGAGGAAGACUGUCGCAGCAGAAGGAGAGGAAGGCCACGCAGAUGCUGGCCAUCGUUUUAGGUGUCUUCAUCAUCUGCUGGCUUCCUUUCUUCCUGACACACGUUCUGAAGGCUCACUGCGGGAGCUGCUGCAUCUCUCCGUCUCUCUACAGCGCCGUCACGUGGCUGGGUUACCUCAACAGCGCCGUCAACCCCGUCAUCUACACCACCUUCAACAUUGAGUUCCGCAAGGCCUUCAUUAAAAUCCUGCACUGCUGACAGACAGCAGAGGACUCACUGAACAAAAGAAACUUGUGACAUUUGUAAGAUAACACUGAUCGAGGGACACGGUGAAAAGGCUUUGUUUGUGGAACUGAUUGUUUGAAACAAGCGACAGAUGUUUAGUCACUCUUUUUACAGAACUGACAUAAAAGAAGUACUCGUCUAGAAAUGAACGUGUCAUCAUUUGCUCCCCUCAUAUCCAAAUCCGUUUUAAUUUAGUUCUUCUGUGAUUCACAGUUGAGGACACGCUGACAUUGUGAUGUUUUUAAUCGAACGCGAUCAUAAAUGUACGGACAUUCUGACUUUCUCAAAAAUCUCAAAAGAGUUUACAAAUUGGAAUUCUGUUUAUUUGUUUCCGUCACGCAUUUCUGGUUUUUAUCUCGCAAUUCUGCAUUUAUCUUUUGCAAUUUGUGAUUUAUAUCUCACAUUUCUGAUUUAUAUCUCACGAUUGUGAGUUUGCUUUGCAAUUCUGAAUUUAAAUCUCGCAAUUCUGAUUUAUAUUGCAAUCCUAUGUUUGUCUUUCAAUUCUGAUUUAUAUCGCAAUUCUGUGUUUGUCUUGCAAUUCUGAUUUAUGUCUCUCAAUUCAGAUUUUUACCUCGCAUUUCGGAUUAUUUUUGCAAUUCUCCAUUUGUAUCGCAAUUAUGAUUUAUAUCUCGCGAUUCUGAGUUUGUCUUGCAAUUCUGAAUUUAAAUCUCAAAAUUGAGAUUUAUAUCUCGCAAUUCUGCGUUUGUCUUGCAAUUCUGAUUUAUGUCUUGUCUCGCAAUUCUGAUUUAUAUCUCGCGAUUCAGAUUUUUACCUCACAUUCCUGAUUUAGAUCGCAAUUCUGAUUUAAAUCUCGCAAUUCUGAUUUGUUUCGCAAUUUGGCGUUUGUCUCACAAUUCUGUGUAAUAUAAAUAUAUCUCGCAAUUCUGAUUUAUAUCGCAAUUCAGAUUUUUACCUCAUAAUUCAGAUUUUUACAAAUUGGAAUUCUGCAUUUGUCUUGCAAUUCUGAAUCUAAAUGUCGCAAUUCUGAUUUAUAUCGCAAUUCUGAUUUAUAUCUCGCAAUUCUGUGUUUUUCUCACAAUUCUGUGUAAUAUAAAUAUAUCUCGCAAUUCUGACCUUAUAUCGCAAUUCUGUGUUCAUCUCAAUUCUGACUUGCGAUUUUGACUUUAUAUCUUGCAAUUCUAAAUUUGAACAACACAGAAUUGUGAGAUAAAAAGUCGCACUUGCCUUCAGAAAUAAGACUCUUUUAUAAUAAACAAAUGGUGUUUUUUGUGCUUUUAGGAGUUUGGCCAAAUAAAUCACUGUUCAUUUUCAUCGUACCAAAACAGAAGCUCAGGCAUUCUCCUAAACAUCACCAUCUGCUUUUCACAGAUGAAAGAAAGUCGUACAAGUUUGAACGACAUGAGGGUGAGUAAAUGAUGACAGACUGAUCAUUUAUGGACGAGCUCUGCCUUUAAAUCAUGUUUUCAUUAUCGGAGAAGGUCAGUCAUGCCGAAAAUUACCAUUUAUUCCUGUCAUAAAGUGUGCAAUUUAAAGUUACAGUUCACAGAGUGAGUGGAGAUAAUCUCAGUUCUUUUUUAAUCUCCAACCAGUUCAAUCACCUUUGAAUAUUUAAACAUGAAUGUUUCAGUGGAAUCGCUAGUAAUGAUCUUGAUGUAAAAUAUACUGAUGCUCCCCAAAUGCAGUUUGCAUCACUGAGAAAGCGCAAUCUAACGUGACGUCACGCAGAAGCCCAGAAUCUGUACACUGUAUGCUGUAAAUAACAUGAUAUAAAUAUUGAUGUAAGUAUUGAGUCCAAUGACAUUUUUGUCUUUUACGACACGACAUGAUGAUGUUAAGUUAUUUAAAAACCUUAAACUUAUAGAUCCAUAGAUCCUUAUAGAGCUCACUAGAUUCAAACUGAGCCAGAAGAUAGAAAAUGGUCACAAGAAACUAAAUUAUGAUUAGUUUCUGGAUGUAAAAAAAAAUUAAUAAAAUUAAUAACAUAAUUUUUUAUCAGUAUAUGUAGCAGGGUAAUUACAGUAAA